AUGUUCUUCUUUCUUAUUCUCCUUGAAUUUUCAAUAUAGAAUACAUGCACUAAAAAUGAUUUUAGAGAUAGAUCAAUUUUAAGGGGACAUUACAAAGAUGUAGCUUCGGACUCAAAUGGUGGUUUUAUGGCAAAUGCCCGUGAUAUUGUCUUUUUUAAUUAUGGAGAGUUCUCAAGCCCUUUUGGAAAUAACAUUUAUUCAAAUUAAUCCGAUAUAUAUUUUGGUUAUGGAAGUUGUAGACGUUAUUAAUCAAUGAAUGUUAAAUUUCGAUAAAUAUAUGAGAUUAAUACAAUAAGGAUUCGAUUUUGGGAUUAAGCCACACGAAUAUAUUAUUUUAAAAUUUUCGCCACUUACAAGGAGGAUAGCGAUGAGGUGCAAAUAUAUGAUGGUAAUGCAAUAGGAUUAGUAACAAUAAAUUUUUCUGCCCGAUUGGUUUCAAAAAUUCGAAUAUAUUCACUGGGUAAUAAUUCACCGGAUCAUAUCUAAGAUGGGUACACUUCAAUCAUAAAAGUUCAAGCAUAUUUCUUUAUGCCAUCAGAAAAAUGGAAAUAGAUGAUUUGA